AGCUCCUACAGCACUACAAACCCAUCCAUCACCUUUUUCUCCUACUCUUCCUUCCAAGAACCAAUUGGAAGAAAAACAGAAAGCGAAGGAACGAACGAAGCUAGCCAUUGCUUGUUUGUCGCGAUUGACACCAAUGCAUGCCCCGAGGAGGUUCAAGAAGGCCUUCAUGGCGCAGCUUCUGCUGAGCCUGCGUGCGGCCGGCCAGGCGUCCAAGUCCAUGGGCCUCCGGGAGCGCCGGGACGCCGUGCGGCUCUCCUCCGACGUGGCGAUGGCGCUGGCGUCCGCGCGGGCCCGCGCGGCGCCACGCUCGACGGUUUGGGCCCGCGCGCUCAUCGCCAGGCACGCGGCGGAGCAGCGCAACGAGGCGCUCAUGCGCCGCAUCAUGGGCGGCGCCGGCUACGAGAUGGCCGCCGCGGCGGUGAGGGCCAGGAAGGAGGCUCGGUGCCGGAGGAUCGUGAGGAGGUCGCGCCGGGUAUGCAGCGGCGUCGGGAGGAAGAGGAGGAGCUUGCUGGCGGCGGAGGGCGGCGGAGGCAUCAGAUGCAGCGCAAUGGCGGCGGCCAGGAGGAUGGUGAAGGCGAGGCUGCAGGUGCUGAGGAGCCUUGUGCCUGGAGGGGAGGCGAUGGGUGGCCUCUCCCUACUCACCGAGACGCUGGAUUACGUUGUGUGCCUCAAGGCACAGGUGGAGCUAAUGCAACGCUUGUGCAAAGGAUCCUGUUCCCAGUCCCAGCUUGGCUGAGGAGAUGACAUCAUGUCUCACAUCUCAGGGGACGGAGCAGCAACUGCGAGACUGCAGGGGCCAUGCAUGCACAAAAGGCAAGGACCGCAAGCAACUGAAGCCGUCUGGAUGGGUGGGCGUGGCAGAGCUCCGAUGAAUUGUCUCCGUGAGCCAACUUUACUAUACAUAUAGCUAGCAGUACUAGACGUACCGGUGUAAUGUAACUACUGUCCAAGUACAUGUCGCUGCAAAGAUGGGCUUGGUUUUGCUGUAUCACCUCACAGGAGAGGAUGAACACAAGCCAUCAUCCAUUUGGUGAGUCAUGUUUUGUCGUUAAAUAAUAACUAGCAAAUCUUGGUUUAUUGGGUGGGCAAAAUAUAAUAUUCUCUUGCACGUGGAUUCUGGAGUCUUGAAGAGAUGGGCAUCUUUGUGGUCAAAGGCUCUGUUGGUGUAUGUUCAGAAUAUGGCAUAAUAUUACUAGCAUGUAUGUACCGGUAAGGAUAACAAAGAGGUGGUGUGAUCAAUGGUGAU